UACAGUAUAAGAAUUUGAUAGCAAUUUUUGUAGCAUUAGAGCUUAUAUAAUAUCACAUAAUAGGUGUUACUGUCCAUGCCCGGCGAUAUUAUCGAUUAAUUGUUAUCAACAAAGUAUAGAUUUUUGCAACAUAUAAGGGAACAGUGCUGAUUAUCGCGUUGAAAAAUGUCUACGAAUCAGUUUAAAGAUGUCACGCAUUGUAUUUUUGAUAUGGAUGGAUUGUUGCUCAAAAUCUCAACAGACACGGAGAAGCUUUACUCCGAUGCCUUUAAUCGUAUCACCAAUCGUUACGGGAAAACGUUUACGUGGGAGCACAAGGCUAAAAUCAUGGGAUUCAAAACCACGGCGGUGGCGGAAGCGGUAGUAGAAAUGUUGUCUUUACCUUUAACGACCGAAGAAUUUCAAAACCAGGUAGUUAAAAUAUACCAAGAAAUAUUUCCUUCUGCCGAGCUAAUGCCAGGUGCGGAGAGUCUUUUGAGAUACCUGAAACGAAACAACAUUCCGUUCGCAUUAGCCACAAGUUCCAGUAGAGAGAAUUAUGAAUUGAAGACACAAAGAUGGAGAGAGGUAUUCGAUUUGUUUCACCAUAAGGUUCUCGGUGGCUCGGAUCCUGAAGUCAUCCACGGGAAACCAGCUCCAGACAUAUUUCUUGUCGCUGCGAAGCGAUUUCCUGACGAUCCUGAUCCCUCCAAGUGUCUGGUGUUUGAGGAUGCUCCGAAUGGAGUAAAAGCUGCCCAAAGCGCUGGAAUGCAAGUAGUUAUGGUUCCAGAUCCAAUGUUACCUAAACAAUACAUUGAAAAUCCAACACUAAUAAUAAAUAGUCUGGAAGAAUUUAAACCUGAAAUGUUUGGUUUACCAUCACGUAACACAUAACAUAUAUAUAUACAUAUAUUUCACAUGUAUAUAGAUAUAUAUAUAUAGCUUCUGAAAGAAAAAAUAGUUUAAUAUUCCAGUUAAAUCUAUAUUAAGGUAUGAAGAGACAUGUAUGAA